CGCGAAAUGAAACGGAACUGGGACAGCAAAGGAAGAUACGGCGCGAUAUUUUAGAUUACAGGAGAGUAGGAGACCGGCGCCGAAAGCUCCGUGGCCUCGUCUCCUUCCCCACUUCGGCCUCGGCAGUUCCGCGUGCCGGCCGGAGCCUCGUCUCGCUUCGCAUCUCGCACUUCGCGCCUUCGCCGCUGCGAUUCCUCAGCAGCUCCUCGGCCGCUCCACCCACCCCUGCGCCGGCGAGAUGGAGCUCAAGCCCGGCAUGUCGGCGCUCGUCACCGGCGGCGCCUCUGGCAUCGGGAAAGCACUUUGUAUUGCUUUUGCAAGGAGGGGUUUAUUUGUGACUGUCGUUGAUUUCUCAGAGGAAAAUGGAAGAGAAGUUGCUACAUUAGUUCAAAAAGAAAAUAGCAAAUUUCACGGAGAUCUUAGAAUUCCAUCUUCAAUAUUUGUUAAGUGUGAUGUUAGUAAUGCAGAUAAUCUUGCUGCUUGUUUUGAGAAGCAUGUACAGACAUACAAUGGACUAGAUAUCUGCAUCAACUGUGCUGGAAUUGCUAAUAAAACACUAGUUUAUGAUGAUACAUCUGAUGGAACUAGAACAUGGAGGCAUGCUGUUAAUGUGAACCUUGUUGCUGUCAUUGAUGGUACUCGCAUUGCAAGUCAAAUAAUGCGAAACCAAAAGAAGCCCGGUGUCAUAAUAAACAUUGGUUCAGCGGCAGGUCUUUAUCCUAUGUUCCUCGAUCCCGUAUAUAGUGCGGCAAAAGGGGGUGUGGUUAUGUUUACAAGAUCACUUUCUCCAUUGAAACGCCAUGGUGUUCGUGUCAAUGUGCUCUGCCCGGAGUUUGUCCAAACCAAUAUGGCGGAACAAAUGAGCCGCAAAGUUAUAGAUUCAUCUGGUGGAUAUUUGGAGAUGGAAGAUGUUGUUAACGGCACAUUUGAGCUUAUACAGGAUGAGAGCAAGGCUGGUGCUUGCCUUUGGAUAACAAAACGACGAGGGAUGGAGUACUGGCCAACACCAGAAGAACAAAGAAAGUAUAUGGUGAAUCCUAACAAAUCAAAAAGGAUGCUGACAAACAAUAUAUAUCCUAGCAUCCGAAUGCCUGAAUUCUUUGAGAAGAUAGUUGUUCACACACUCAGCCAUAAUUUUCGCAAUGCUACAAGACUUGAGCGUGUGCAACUGAGAUUUCCUAUCAAAGCGCAUAGUGCUCUGGUUAAAAUAAUAUAUGCUGGCGUAAAUGCUAGUGAUGUCAACUUCAGUUCAGGACGUUAUUUUAGUGGUAAUCCUAAAGAAACUGCUUCACGCCUUCCAUUUGAUGCUGGUUUUGAAGGUGUGGGAAUUGUUGCCGCUGUUGGAGAUUCAGUCAGUCAUAUCAAAGUUGGCACUCCUGUGGCCCUUAUGACUUUUGGGAGCUAUGCUGAAUUCACGGAGGUUCCAGCCAAACAUCUUCUUCCAGUGCCAAGACCAGACCCUGAGGUUGUUGCAAUGUUGACAUCAGGACUGACUGCAUCAAUUAGUCUUGAAAAGGCAGGACAAAUGACAUCUGGGCAAGUUGUUUUAGUUACAGCAGCUGCUGGUGGAACAGGACAGUUCGCAGUUCAGCUGGCGAAAUUAGCAGGCAACAAGGUUGUUGCCACAUGUGGAGGUGAAAGUAAAGCUGAACUUCUGGCUUCCUUAGGAGUUGAUCGUGUUAUCAAUUACAGAAAUGAACGAGUCAAAGAUGUUCUGAAGAAAGAGUUUCCAAGAGGUGUAGAUAUCAUAUAUGAAUCUGUAGGUGGGGAAAUGUUUGACUUGUGCUUGAAUGCACUUGCAGUCCAUGGGCAUCUCAUUGUAAUUGGUAUGAUCUCCCAGUAUCAAGGAGAGGAUGGCUGGAAGCCAAAGAACUACACUGGACUAUGUGAGAAGAUUCUAGCUAAAAGUCAAACUGUGGCUGGAUUUUUCCUUGUUCAGUAUGCUCACUUGUGGCAAGAUCAUCUUAACAAACUUUUUGACCUGUAUGCCUCUGGAAAGCUAAAGGUUUCCCUAGACCCCAAGCAAUUCUUGGGUGUUGCUUCAGUCGUAGAUGCGGUCGAAUAUCUUCAUUCUGGCAAGAGUGUUGGCAAGGUCGUUGUGUGUAUUGAUCCAUCAUACGGUCAGAUCGUUGCAAAAUUAUAAUCCAUGGACAUGAUGCGCAUUGUCUUCCAUGGUCACGUAGGUUAUUGUCUUAUAGUUACACAUAUACAUCAAGACCGUAUUUUCCCAGCGGGUGACAAAUGAAUAAGGGAACAUGUUGGUGUAUAGUUUAGUUUCAUUUUUCCAAAGUGUAAGAUGCACAACUAUACUGAAGGACAAGCAUGGGCAUGGAAAUCGAUUAAGUUUCUAAUCCCGUGCAGUAGGAUAUGCAUUCGUGUGGCCUCGUUCCACGUUGUAUGUAUACAGUAUAUAUUAUAUAACUUGUCUCAGUGCC